AUGCUAAUGAGCGCGUUUGUUGUGAUGUUAGUGAGCGGAGGUCGGCUGCGCGCGGCUUUAGAUGUAGCGCUGUUUAAUGUGUUUAGUGAAGAAUGGCUGUGUGUGUGCUGGUGUUUAAUGGUGAAAGCCGUGUUUUAGCUGUUGAACAGGCCGGGAGGAGCCCGGCUUCUCAGCGCUGAGGGGGUUUCACAGCCGGUGCGGCCGCUAGCCCGGAGGAUAGCCGAGCCGCGGCUAGCGUUAGCCUGCUUUCUUAAGACUGUGCUGCGACUGGGCGCGAGGAGUCUGAACGUGGGCAGGUUUUUGAUUUAUUUUUAUUUAUAUUAUAGAUUUUCAUUCAUAAAUUAUGAUGGAAAAGUAUCUGUAAUCUGUCCAGAUAUCUCCAGUGUUACUGUAAAUCAACCUGCUCUUUUACUUUGCAUAAUAAUGGAGUAAUUUGAAUAAGCAGUUGUAGUCACAGUCCUCAGUCGUCCCCAGUCGUCGUCGUGUCGUCGUUGUGUAGUCUCUCCAGCUGUCCUCGUGCGUGUGAUGAUAGCAGACACAAUGACUCUGCUGUCUCUCCUUGGUCGCAUCAUGCGUUACUUUCUUCUCCGGCCGGAGACCCUGUUCCUCCUGUGCAUCAGCCUGGCCCUGUGGAGCUACUUCUUCCACACGGACGAGGUUAAGACCAUCGUCAAGUCCAGCCGCGACGCCGUCAGGAUGGUCAAGGGCAAAGUGGCUGAGAUGAUGAUGACGCACGAGGGUCUCGGGGGUCUCCGCGCCCUGGACGCCGAGUUCUCCAACACGUGGGGCUUCCAGGACGCCAACGUUGCCGUGUACUCCAUCCAGGGCCGACGAGACCACAUGGAGGACCGCUUCGAAGUGCUCACCGACCUGGCCAACAGGAGCCACCCGUCCAUCUUCGGCAUUUUCGACGGCCAUGGCGGCGAGGCAGCUGCUGACUAUGUAAAGGCGCACCUGCCCGAGGCUUUGAGGCAGCAGCUGCAGGCGUACGAGCGCGAGAAGAAGGACACUCAGCUCUCUUAUGCCUCCAUCCUGGAGCAGCGCAUUCUGACUGUGGACCGAGACAUGGUGGAAAGGUUCUCUGCCUCACAUGAAGAAGCAGGUACUACGUGUUUAGUGGCUCUGUUAUCGGACCGGGAGCUGAUUGUUGCUAACGUGGGAGAUUCUCGAGGUGUCCUCUGUGAUAAGGAUGGAAAUGCUGUGGCUCUGUCUCACGAUCACAAGCCUUACCAGCUGAAGGAGCGCAAAAGGAUCAAAAGAGCAGGUGGCUUCAUCAGCUUUAACGGCUCGUGGCGAGUGCAGGGUAUCCUGGCCAUGUCCCGCUCCCUCGGCGACUACCCCCUGAAGAACCUUAACGUGGUCAUCCCCGACCCGGACAUCCUGACGUUUGACCUGGACAAGCUGCAGCCCGAGUUUAUGAUCCUGGCCUCGGACGGUCUGUGGGACGCCUUCAGUAACGAGGAGGCCGUGCGAUUCGUGCGAGAGCGACUGGAUGAGCCGCACUUCGGCGCCAAGAGCAUCGUCCUGCAGUCCUUCUAUCGUGGCUGUCCUGACAACAUCACCGUCAUGGUGGUGAAGUUCAGGAGCAGUGCCAGCACUAAGACUGGAGAGUAGAGCCUGUUAGAAUCUGCCUGCCGUAAACCUUACCUAAUCUAAACCUCAGAAGACAUGAAUAUUGGACUCAGCAUGUGCAUGUAUGAAUAAAUACAUGCUUACUGAGGCUAUGAUCAAUUCCGAUUUCUGCCACUGUGCCAAACGGACACUUCUUUUAAACUUCUCAAGUCUUUUUUCUAUAACUUAACCCAACCCGGAUGUUGAAGUGGAGUUUUUGAAACACUCAUUUGAAGGAGUAAUAGCAAAUUUAAAGUACAAUGCCUUGGCCAAUGCACGUUGUUUUUUGUAACGCAAUGUAAUGGAUAAAUAUCAAAUCCUGCCUGAGUGAUCCAUGUGGAUCUGUAUUAAUUUACACUGAUGCUGCUUGUUAUACCUUACUUAUCCCAUGUAUUGGUUCCAAUAGUCAAGACUCUUAAACUGAAGUGAUAAAGAAACUGCUGCUGCUGUAGCAUGUGUGCUGCUGGAGGUAAAACUGUAAAAUUUUAUUUUUCAGUGAUUAAAAAUACAACUAAUUACAUUAUCAGAUGAUUUCAGUCCAACGCUAAAUCAAACUUGCACAGUCAAAUCAGAAUAUUAUGAACACCUCCUUGUUUCUGCACUUUAAUCAGUCCCACAGAGCAUAUGGGAGCACUUUAUAGUUCUUUAAUGGUCUCAUUCUUUAUUUAAAAUAUCUAGUUGCGGUAUGGUAAUUAUAAUACUAAAAAAUAGUAUUAUAAAACUAUAAUACUGGGACAAGAUUUACAUUUUUUGCAUUUAGCUGACACUCUUAUCCAGAGCGCCUUGUAAGGUGGUGGUGUUAUCCACUGCACCACACCAACCACAUGGAGUGUGCAGACAAGGAGGUGGUCAUAAUGUUAUGACUUGACUUUGCAUAACUUGAGCUCAAACCUUUUAAACAUAUUUCACAGCAUUUCUCUAAAUCUUUGAUGAAAGAAAUCUUUCUUUUUACUUUAUUUAGUCACUUUAACUCUUUUCUUUCUCAGCCUGAAUGUGUCUAGCAUGACGAACAUAAAAUAAAAGUUUGUAUUGCUAGGGUACAUAGAGAUACCUCUGAACUGAACUGAAGAUCUGCCACCACAUUCUGCAUGACCCCAUUCAAAAUUGAGGUGCUAUAAAGCAACAGGUCCAGUAUUCAGCUCAAACGCCUGUAUUUAGUUUAUCACAGCAAUACAGAUAUUAGCCCAGCAUUACAGUGUAGUGUAGAAAGCUCCAGUCAGGGGCAGAAAGCAUCCUAAUUUAGCUCUAGUUUAGCUCUAGACAGCAUGGUUUUACAUGUACAGUAUAUCAUUUUACAUGUUGUGUAUAUAAUACUUGCCUGUAGCAUUACUGUUCAUUCCCAGCGACUCCUGAUUGGUGCUUUAGACGUCUCUGUUGACACUGAUACUGACAUUUUGCUGCUGAACUGUUUCUCUCACAAGACUACAAUAAUGUACGCAUAACUUUCAGUGCCACUUCCAUGAUUUUCUUUAUUUUCUUUAAAUCUAUUGGAUGGCAUUUCACAUGGUGUGAAACGUGACUCAGUAUUGGCACCAGUAGCACAGUGUUUUGAUAAGACGAUAAGCUGCUGCCUGUUGACUGUGUUGUUUGUCUUUGCGUGCUUGGUAUGAUUGUGGGUAUGAAACCUUGAAGCAAGAAGCCUAAUAAAAAUGCCUUUUGCUUUCAGAACUC